GAUAUUUUGCACACUACCUGUACCAGCUCUACCGUCUCAGCCCAGCUCUACCGUCUCACUCUACCAUCUCUCUCAACCUGUACCAGCUCUACCGUCUCAGCCCAGCUCUACUGUCUCACUCUACCAUCUCUCUCAACAAUCCAGUCGUGAUUAGGCUAUCACUAUUAAUGUCUGAUAAGAAUGGAAAAGGAAAAAAAAUCAGAAAGAGUAGACGAAGUACCAGACAAAAGUCAAACGAAGAAGAGCCAGGGCCAUCAAAACGUCUUUGUAUAGACAAAGGAAUACAAGUAUCUCCAUCCAAACUACAGGAACUACCGGUUGGACGGAUAACUACAUCAUUUCUACUUGCUGUUGGGCCUUGCCCAUUUUUACAUCAAUGUAGUUUACCAUCCAAAGAAAUAUAUAUGAAAGACGAAAUAAGACGUUUAGGUAUUCCCCUACCUUUCGAACUGCCUAGUGGAUGCUUCAGAAAUGUAAUUUGGUGUCCAAAUGUAAUCAUAUACGGGUUUAUUUACGACACUACAGCUGGCUGUCGGGACACAUCUAGUACAUGUCACAAACAAAUAUGUCAAACUACUGUAGACUUAAUUGAACCAUCAGACUUAAUUGAAGAAAACAACCUGCUGACUAAUUUCAACCCUGUGGGAAAGUACUUAUUCCCAUCUAUCCGAUUCGAUUAUGUACCUUCCCCCAACGGCGUUUGUAUAGCAGCAUCAACUCAUUUUGAAAAACAAUCUUUAGCGAAUCCUUUUUUGUGUCGGAAAAGACUGACAACGGAAACCGAACGAACAGCUAUAUUGUUAGAUGAGCUGAAGAAGGUACCAUAUGUAAAACACAACAAUAUUCAUCUAUCACUAUCAACAGAGUUUUUUAAAGAAAUGAGAUUAGAUGUCUGCCCGUUCACGGGAGGGGGGGACAUAUUCAUUAACAAAGACGUCUUAUCAAACCAUACUGGUGUAUGCCUCUUUAGAGAGCUAGACGAUACAGACUUUGACAGCUCACGCCCUGACAGCCCCACUUCUGACCCUUCUCAAAGCUUCCGUCGACCAAGUAUCAUUGAAUGUAAGGUGGGCAGCAGCAGCUCACAAAGCCCACACGAAAUUGAGCUAGAGUUAAAGGCAAAUAUGAUGCUCGUGUUGUGUCAUCAAUUUUAUAAUGUGUUGGCAAACACGAUUGAUUCAGAUUCAGAUGGGACGAGUAUGAGGCUAAAAGAUAUUACUACCCUGACAGCGUAUGGGAUGACGUUGGGAUCUUCCACAGAUUUAGAUGUUUUGAAACUACAACUGAAUUUCAAAGACAAUACAUUCCUGUACACACGAAGGUUUAGGUACCCUCAAUGCCCCGCGAUUGGUCACUUCUCAAAUGGGGCAUUGUCAUAUAUAAUCCGAAGGAUAUCGAAAUACAAACAAAAAUGAACUUAUUUUUUGUUUGUCUAGGAUGUGCCAAAUUUAUGCAUAAUGUCUGUGUCUGUAUAAUGUCUUUUGCUUAGCACCUUUGUCUGUCUGUCUUUUGCUUUGCACCUUUGUCUCUCUGUAUAAUGUCUUUUUUUAAUUGCAAAAUAAUGAGAGAAAAAACAACAUGUAUAUACAGACAGGUGGUGGAUCAGUCCCAUGAGGCUAGGCAGACCACUCCCCUGCAAGUGAUCUGACAUUCCCUUGAAUCGAGGCCAUAGGCCUAGGUGGACAGUGGGGGGUCAGAGGUUAAUUGUGUAUCUACUUUCUUACAAGUGCAACCAAUUAACGUACUACACUGACCAGUUCUACCGUCUCAACCCAACCUGCACUACCAUCUCAACCCUACAAUGGCCAACGUAACUCCCCCAAAGAAGACGUUCUUCUUUGAAGUUAGCAAAGAGGGCCAUGGAGUGGGAGAGAAUACUUUUCAUUCGGAAAUGGAAAAAUAUUAUCUGGUAAGCUAUAGUACACCUAAACACUAGCCCCCGGCCAGAGGAGGUACGCCAAUGUCAGUCACUAAUUAAAACAUCACGUGGGCUUAUGUUUUGGGUGCUUCUUGGUACAACUAUUCCUUGCAUUACAUCAUAUAGACUAUAUUACAUCAUAAGCCUAGUGUUUAGAUAAUGUCGGUAACACGGGUAAGGUAGGUAACAUGGGUAAUGUAGGUAACAGGGGUAAUGUAGGUAAUGUAGGUAGGUAACAUGGGUAAUGUACAUGUAGGUAACACAUUAUAAUUAGUAAUUAAGUAGGUGUUACAGUCAUUAUAAUUAGUGUGCAAUUGCUGGGAAAUCAGCAAACAUGCUGGUUACAUCAUAGAUUGAAGAGUUCAAUCUAUGGUUAUAUUAAUUUAAUUUGAUGGCGACUAUAGUUACUUUGAUCUCUUUAUAAACGAAAACGAGUAAGUCGGUGCUCUUUGUCACUAUAAGGAGAGUAUCGUUUCAAAUUGUGUUCAUCACAUUAUUGCAUUAUUGCAACCGCUAAUUAUUACCACUGUUACAAAAUACCUACCUAUAUAAUGCGUAGCUAUGUACAUGCAUUACUGCAUCUAAUUAACUGCAUUACCUAUAAUACAUUAUAUACCCGUGUUACCUACAUUACCUAUGUUACCUACGUUACCUACAUUACCUGUGUUACCUACAUUACCUACAUUACCAGUGUUACCUACAUUACCAGUGUUACCUACAUUACCUACAUUACUAGUGUUACCUACAUUACCUACCUUACCAGUGUUACCUACAUUACCUACCUUACCAGCAUUACCUACAUUACCAGCAUUACCUACAUUAUCCGUGUUACCUACAUUACCAGCAUUACCUACCUUACCAGCAUUACCUGUGUUACCUACAUUACCCGUGUUACCUACAGUUCAUUUAGUCUAGAGAGUAGAUUACCACAAAUGUGUGAGUAGUUGUACUUAAAUGUAAAUAUCUUUUGAUUGAAGUAUUUCUAAGAAAUGGUGUUGAUACCCGUGUGUAAAUGAAUGACUGAACUACAACAUAUCCAAAAAUGUUUCCAUGGAAACAUAAGGUGGUGGGUUUGUGGUGAUUAAUAGAACAACAGCAAAUUGUUAUAGUGGGUAAUUGGUUAGAGUAAUAAAACAGUAAUCUUGUACAGCUAAGGUCCUAGACUUCAUCACGUAAUUGUUCAAUGGUUUAAGUAUCCUGGCCAUCCCUUUAUGGGUGUUACAAAUGUUCACAGUGUUUAUAAUUCAUGAUUUACUGGUUUUCAGGUACACUUUUGGUUAGAGUAAUAACUUUUGAAAAAUUAAUAGCUUAGCUUUCAAAUUUCUGUAGUAAGUUUACAGAUAAAUGGGCUACAUUUUGAUACCAAGAACAUCCUAUAUGCUUAUAGUAUAUAGAAAGUAGCUCUUUGUAUGACUUUGUCAAGAUAUUUUUGUGAUAAAUCAGUAUUUACGGGAACAAAUAUCCAAUAAUGUUGCGGGUCUCUCACUCAAACAGGGGGGUUGGGGCGGCGUCUAUAUAUAAAUUUAUAAUUUAUAAUUUCUCAAACAGGAAAAUGACCAGUUCUGGAAUACACGCAACCGUUUACCGUAUAGCUGGUUAUUUUCGAGGAUUGGCCCAGAAACACAAACAUUUAGUGCCUCGAAAAUUGGUUUACAUCCGGUAUUGAGCCUUUCUACUAUAGGGGUGUGGUCAAUUGAACAUCUAUCCUCGAAAUGCCAAUCCGCGAACAUUUAGUGCCUCGAAAAUAACCUGCUAUACGGUGGAAACUUUGAUUGAAGGUUCUAGCCCAUCUGAUAGCUACUAGAAAGAUCAGUGCUCCUCGUAUGAGCCUAGAGUUGUGAUGGCGAUUAUCUCUCCUCUCUUCAUUUCUAAUACCGUACAGCGCGAAAUUUUCAAGGCACUUAUAUUCCGUGGAUUGGCCUCUAAAAGUAUUUCGUUGCACAAGUUCGCAGAAUGACUGCUUACCAGAAGCCAUGCCUUUACGUCAUACAUGACUUGUAACAGGUAAUUCUACUUCGUGGACUUAAUUUUCGGCUAACCCACGAAAUCCGCGAAAUUUUCGUGCUAUACGGUAGUUUAAUCUAGCCUCGUUCCCUGGCCUUACUUUUUCUUGCUGUUGUCACUGUUCAUCCAUGAAAGACAUAGUGCUAGUGAGGCAGCAAAGAAAGAAAUGGGCGUACAGUUAAGAAAAAGUAAGGCCUGGUUUGGGAAAUCGCGUGAUCCACAAGGAUUUUUAUGAACGUGGGCGAUAUGUAGCCCACAAUCGUGACGUAAGGUAUUCUCCCACGCAUUCAGAGUUAAUAAGACUGUACUGAGACAACCACCAAGCUGUGCUGCAAGUCAGAUCAGAGAACCAGCGUGGCCAGCUCUGGUGGCAGUAGCUACCUGCUAUAUAUGAUAAUGAUGACUAACUUAAGCUAUUCUUGAUCUAUACUAGCAUGUAGAAAGACACAAGAAAAGGUAAUAGUCUGAUAGAAUCUGAACACACAAUCUAGACUAGUAGAUCAUCUAGCUAAGCCUAAGGUAUAUAGCUAGCUAUAGUGCUUGCAAACUUCCAGUUCCAAGUCCAUGUCCAGCUUGCAUGCUGCAGGCAAAGUUUUAUUAGUCAUAGAUAUCUGUGUGGGCAGUCCAACAUCUCUAGCUCAGCAUGCCCACGCUCAUUUUCACCCUUCUACCACCCUUCUACCCUCACGCGACUUCCCGAUACAGGCUCUCCUUUUCCUAACUCUACGUCUAUUUCUUUCUUUAUUCCUCUAAUUAACUACCGUAUUUUAUCUCAUUGAACGAUUAAGACAGUAUUUUAUCUUAUUGAACGAUUGUGAUAAAGAACAGAAAAAGGAGAGCCUGUGUAGAGGCUAAGUUUAAUCAACCACGUUGGUAACCAUAAGUACUAAAAACUUUACUACUGUAGCAGUUAAUUUUCGUUGGGUAAAGAAUUCGAAAAAAUUGAACGUGAACGGUGCAUGGUUGGUUACCAGGCCUUCCUCUAGUGAGAGGGACUGCGAUCGAGGCUAGUGAGAAUGUAGCUGCACUUGAACAUGUAUGUGUAGCCUAAAAGUAUUCCUUCCGUUUGUGUCUCUAUGAGCACACUAGCUGGUGCAAGAGACCUUACAGUUAACGAACACACCAACAAAACAAUGGGCAACUUCAUUGUUCUUAAACAUUUCUUUUGAGCGUUAAUACAGUGAGUGAAGACGAUUAUGAGAAUGCAAUGUGACUGUGUGUUUAUUUCCUGCAGUGUCCCGUGGUGAUGUGAGCGGGGUUAUAUGGCUACUGGCGAUACCUCGAGAAAAAAAAGCGAGAUGAAGGCCGUACCUCAAAGGUGUCUUGGAAACCGGCCGAAUGAAACGAAUGAACGUCCUUUUGAAAAGGGGAAAACACAAAACAUACACUAAUUCUAUACAUUAAUUACAAACGUUCUUGAAAACAAACACUAAUUGAUUGUAUUCCUGCGUUGUUAUUGAUGCUCACUUAUCACUCCCACUCAGUAGCUUGUCACUAGCUCUCGCUUGUUGUUUUGCAAUUAUGUUGUCAAUUAUAUAA